AUGCUGGAACAAGACAGUCGCGAUGGUUCAAUUAAGAUGGAGUUUGAUUUUGACGCCGUGAAUGAAGAAGACAGUCCAUUCCCUGAAGUUCGUGCAUCUGUCUCGAACAUCGAUGACCCAGAAAUGCCCGCUAUGACGUUGCGGAUGUGGUUAAUCGGUCUGGUUUUUUGUAUGACCGCUAGUGCAAUGAAUCUUUUCUUUAACUUCCGGCAACCUGCCCCGAGUGUCUCUCCUCUUGUUCUUUUGCUCGUAUGCUAUCCCAUUGGAAAAUUCUUCGCCUUUGUCCUCCCCAUCACGACUUAUCGUCUCCCACGGUAUCUCGGCGGUUAUGAGUUUUCACUCAAUCCUGGACCAUGGAAUAUUAAGGAGCAUGUUUUGGUGUACAUCAUGGCAAACGUUGCUAUUAGCGCACCUUACGCUAUCAACGCCAUUGUGGUCACUCAGCUCAACUACGGCAUUCCAGUGGAUUACUGGUUCAGUGUACUCCUGGUUGUUGCCACACAACUUACAGGGUUCGGUCUUGCGGGGAUGUGCAGACGCUUUUUGGUUUCGCCUGCGAGCAUGGUUUGGCCACAGAAUCUGGUGACGUGUACUUUAUUGAACACGCUUCACGCGGAGGACGAUGAAGAACCAGGAUCAAUUACACGAUACAGAUACUUCCUUCUUGUCCUCGGCGGCGCGUUCUUCUUCUUCUUUAUUCCUGGCUACCUCUUCAGUGCUCUCUCGGUCUUUUCUUGGAUGUGUUGGAUACUACCGGAUAACAUUCCAGUUAAUCAACUAUUUGGCGUCGACUCCGGGUUGGGCAUGACCAUAGUGACAUUUGACUGGACACAAAUCUCGUGGAUUGGCAGUCCAUUGAUGUAUCCAUGGUGGGCUGAAGUGCACAUCUUCUUUGGCUUCGUUCUUUUCUUCUGGAUCAUCACACCGAUAUUAUACUAUACCAACACGUGGGAUCUCGCCUACUUCCCCUUGAACGACAGCAGUCCAUAUGAUCGCUACGGUAACGUGUACAAUGUGUCGGCUGUGUUGUCUGCCUCCAACCGCUUCAAUCUUACUGCCUACGAGAACUAUUCUCCGCUUUAUCUUCCCGCGACUUAUGCGAUGACCUACAUGCUUGCAUUCGCCCUAUCGACUUGCGUGCUCGUGCACACGAUCCUUUACCAUGGUCGAAGUUUACUGAACGGGGUGAAGAAGAUUCGCGUAGAGCAGGAUGACAUCCACGCGAAGCUCAUGCGCAACUACCCUGAAGUGCCAGAUUGGUGGUAUCUCGUGUGCUUCUUCGGCUUUUUCCUCCUCAUGGUAGUAGUCGUUGAGGUGUGGCAUACGACAGUACCUGUGUGGGCCUUGCUAUUGUCCGUGGCAUUACCAACUCUAUAUGUCUUGCCGUCCGGCUUCAUUUUCGCAAUGACUGGGCAAGGGAUCACGCUGAAUCUGCUUGCGCAGAUCAUUCCAGGGACUUUAAUGGCAGGCGACCCUGUUGCGAACAUGAUCUUCAAGGCAUACUCCGUUCAGACAUUGACGGAAUCUACGUCAUUCGUACAGGAUCUCAAGCUUGGUCAUUACAUAAAGGUUCCUCCACGAGCCACGGCGUUCCCUGCAGUGCAAUUCGUGGGCACGUUGUUGGCAUCAUUCAUCCAGAUCGGUGUCAAGCAGUGGAUGUUCAACAACAUUCCGGACAUCUGCACCCCAAAUCAACCCAGUUUCUUGACGUGUCCGCAUAAUGAAGUGUACUACACUGCAUCAGCAGUCUGGGGAAUUAUCGGACCCACGCGGCAGUUCGGAAAAGGGACUCUCUACUAUCCGGAGUUGUAUGCCAUCAUUGUCGGUGCUUUCCUACCCGUUCCUUUCUGGCUGUGGCAACGGCAGUACCCGAACUCAUGGGUCAGAUUUGUGAGCACGCCUGUGGUGCUCAACGGUGUCUCGUAUAUACCGCCUGCGGCUGGCAUCAACUAUUCUGCCUGGUUCGCAGUCGGGUUUGUAUUUCAAUAUCUAAUAAGAAAACGCAACUUUGCAUGGUGGAGUAAAUUCAACUAUGUGACUAGUGCAGCUUUGGACAGCGGCACUGUUUUGUCAUUGGUUGUAAUAUUUUUUACCUUACAAUUCCCAAAAGGUGGCCUCAAUCUCAACUGGUGGGGAAACACCGUCUACAAAGAAACCGCGGAUUGGACCCGUCUAGCACUGAAAGCUGUCCCAUCCAAUGGCAUCCCUCUAGAAUAA